GCGAGCUGGGCCGAAUCGAGCCGAGCGAGCCGACGGCUUCGGCCGGAUUCGGCGCGUGAACCGAAAGGCCGCGACGACACGGAUUCUCCGGCGAUUUGAGACUUCGAGAGUCGCGCGGCGUUCAUGGCGGUUAUUUUAUUGUCGUUCCACGAAAUGUCACGCUCGCCGUGACAACGACAGUGGCUGGAAAGGAAGGACAUUGGCGUACAUAUGUUAUGAGCAUUCUAAUGUUGGCACUAUCUGUUGCUACACCCGAGAGACCAGCGACGAUCAUCGCUGUCGCUUAUUGAUUUCUCCGCUACAUAGAUAUAUAUCCCUCGCAUAAAUAUCGCAAGACGACCAUGUGCCGACGCGAUUGAGCAGGUAUCGUCAUCGAUAUCGAAAGCUUUUGUGUUGAUGGCAUGACGCGAUAAAUCGUGAAAGAAAAUCUACAAAUGGCAGAUACAGAUCCACAAUUUAAACGUCUCUUACUGCCAGCGGAGGAGACUCUGUUCGAACAGUUGCUGAGAUUCGGUCUCUAUGUGGGUGCAGUGUUUCAGAUUAUAUGCUUGUUAUCCAUAGUUAUUUAUCAGGGCGGUCCUUCCGAUGGUGUGGCUGCUUUGAAGGAUGAUCCAAGCGAUGUAGAAUGUUCCGAAAAUAGUCCUCAAGUGACGCCGAGGAGACCUCACCGGCCACGAAAACAAGAGAAGAAAAAGAGACGUUGAAACUUUUGCUAUAUGAUUAUUUGAUAUAACUUCAUAAUCAUUCAAAGACUGGCCUUUCGAAAUAAUUCCUCAAUUCGCAUUCAUCUAAGUUAUCUAUCGAAUAGACCUUUUAUAACGUACAAUUAAUUUUUUUUCUGAAAUAUAUAUUUUUAAUUUCACCUUUCAA